UAAAAGUUUUUUGUAUCUACUUCACUUGCAUUGUUGUUUAAAUCACGAGUAUAACUUCAGUACGUGAAAAUAAGUUUUCAAGUCGGAGAAAAUGUGUAGCAUUAUUGUGUCUUCACCAAAUGUCACAACAGUGCAAGUGUACAAAUAUCGAUGGAUUGUACUUUUAACAUUUUGCUUCUAUUCUGCAAUAAACUUCUUGCAGUUUUUCCAAUACUCAAUCAUCGCAAACAUAACGGUCAAAUACUACGAUGUAGAAGACACACUUGUGGACCUCACAGGUCUAUUCUUCAUGCUUUCCUAUAUAUUAUUUUGUGUGCCAGCCAACCAACUUAUCGAAAAAUACAAUUUGAGAAACACAGCCCUGUUAUCCAGCGGCUUAACAACUCUAGGAAACCUAAUUAAGUUAUUCUCCAUAUCUCGCGAUCGAUUUUAUGUCGUUUUAAUUGGCCAAGCCCUCUGUGCCAUUGCCCAAGUUUUCCUGACAAGUGUUCCAUCGAAAUUAGCCUCGACUUGGUUUGGGCCAGAUGAAGUGUCCACAGCUUGCGCUGUCGCAAUUUUUGGAAGUCACAUCGGACUUGCGAUCGGUUGUUUCAUGCCUUCAAGCUUAGUCAGAAAUAGCGACAUUUUUGACGAAAUCGGUGAUGGUUUUAUGACACUACAAAUAAUCAACGGCUUUAUAACAGUCGCCAGUUUUAUUGCAGUUUUGCUGUUUUUCAGGGCUAAACCUCCACUGCCGCCAAGUCAGUCUCAAGUCGCUAUCAUUGACGCGGAGAAACCGUCGAUUAUGUCUAUUAUCAAACAAAUGAUCAAGAAUAGAGAUUACUUGUUGCUGGUAGUGGUGAUAGGAAGCUCGAAUGGACUUUAUUCGUCGUUUGGAAUUUUUUUUAACGGACUCUACCUCAACUAUUUUCCUGGUUCUGAAACUGCAAUUGGGAUAAUAGCAGCCCUAACUGUCGUUGCUGGCGGAUGCAUUGGUAGUGUAGUUUUUGGAUAUGUUUUAGACAAGUGGCACCAUUUCAAACUCACCGCCUUUUCCAUUAUUUUCUGUUCCGCAAUCGCAUUCAGCUUUCAGAUUGUUUCGAUGGAAGUUAGAGCUCAAUUGGCCACAUAUUUCACCUUGCCAUUAUUUGGAUUUUUCAUUGGGAGCACAUUACUCGUCGGUUUUGAGUUUGGAACUGAACUCAUGUAUCCACUGCCUGAAGCCGCGGCGUGUUCGGUUUUAAACACCUUUAUUUAUGUUUUUUCAGUGGCGUAUAGUUUAAUUUUUGGUGUUUUGUUCAACUCGAUUGGAUAUACAGCGACGAAUGUAAUUAUAGUGGUUGUGUUAACACUAAGUUCGCUUGUUGUGUAUUUCAUUAGGCCAAAUUUGCGACGGAGGGAAGCCAAUUUGAAGAAAUAAAUCAUAUUUAAGUGCAA